UAUACAAUUAAGUCCCCACAUUUCUUUACCAUCUCAAAGAAGAAGAAAAAAGAGCUAUUUUUGGUAAUUGUCAAUCUCUCUUUAAAAUCUCUCCUUUGCUUACGUGGCACAUUUCUAUCAUCUCACAUCCAUACAUACUCACAGAAUUUGCAUAAAGCUUCACUCUCAGUACUCCAAUGGCGAAAUUAAUCCCAAUCUCACUCUCGAACCUCACCAAUCGCAUCCAUUUCUCUUACUCUCCCCUUACAAUCUCCUUCCCAUCCUUUAAUACCACACCCAAUUGUUCUAAUAACGCCACAAACAUAAGCAGAAGGCUAGGGCUAGGAUUCAUAGCUUUAAUGGCGUCGUCAGUAACCGCGAUACCGGCAGAAGUGGCGAAUGCUUUAGAUCUGAAAUUGAUCGCGCCGGAGCAGAGCUUAGACGAAGCUGAGAGCGGAAUCAGAAGGCACGCGGAAGCGCUUUUGCAGGUGAGAAGCUUAAUCGAAUCGGAAGCUUGGAAGGAAGCUCAGAAACGGCUGAGAAGCACUUCGGCGCUGCUUAAACAAGAUCUGUACACUAUAAUUGAAUACAAACCGCCGGCGGAGAGGCCUGCUCUUAGGAAACUCUAUUCUCUUCUCUUCAACAAUGUUACGCGAAUGGAUUAUGCGGCGAGAGAUAAAGAUGUAGGAGGAGUUUGGGAGUCCUACAAGAAGAUGGAAAUGGCCAUCUCUGAUAUUUUGUCAAGAAUUUAAAAAGAUUAGUGAAGGUUUUUUGUUCUGAUUAAUUCAAUCCAAUGAAAUCGAAAAUUUAGUAUGGUGUUCUUCAAAUCCGAGGAUUCUAGUUCUUGAUCAAUCCAAGUGCGGAACUUGUUAUCAAUUUUGUUA